AACAUUGGCGGAAAGCCGCAGGCAGGCACUGAAACUGAGUCACUCGACCGUGGCAGUGCUGCUGAGGUGUAGAACAACCAAAGCCCAGGGGACCUGAACCCCCCAAAGAUUCUCACUUUCCUUCUCCAUAGAUCUUCUUCUUCUUCUUUCAACUCUCUCUGAUCCAAUUCCAUAAUACCCUUUUCAUCUCAAUCAAUCUAUCUAUCUAUCAUAACAAUGGCUAUUGAAGAACCUGAACCUGAACCUGACCAAGCUGAGAGCUGUGGUAGCAGACCACUCUUCUCUUCUUCUCACCCUCAAAGGCAGAAGCUUGACAUGUACAACGAUGUUCUUCGUCGAAUUCAAGAGAUCAACCCUGUUGAAGCUUCUCUUCCUGACUUUGAUGAAGAGCUCUGGCUUCACUUCAAUCGUCUCCCAGCUCGAUAUGCUUUGGAUGUGAAUGUGGAGAGGGCUGAAGAUGUUCUUACUCAUAAGAGAUUGCUUAAAUUAGCGGAACAGUCUCUUCUUCAACCUGCCUUUGAUGUUCGAAUUGUUCAGGUCUAUUCACCAUUGACUGGGAAUUCUAUGGAUUCUGUUCAUUCGGAUGCUUCAAUGAAGGAAGAUGCACAAAGUUCUUAUCAUCCUGUCAAACAAGGGAUUCAUCUGCCGCCUACCUUUGGUUCAUCGCCCAAUCUUGAAGCACUUGCAGUUCACACCAACGCCCAACAUAUUGUUGAAGAUGGAGAUACUUCCAUGAGUGAGAGGACUGUCUUCCAUAGCCCAUUGCAUGAGAUCACUUUUUCAACGGUUGACAAGCCUAAACUCCUUAGUGAGUUAACUUCAUUACUUGCUGAAAUUGGACUAAACAUUCAAGAAGCUCAUGCCUUUUCAACUUGUGAUGGAUUCUCUCUAGAUGUUUUCGUUGUUGAAGGUUGGCCUCGUGAGGAAACUGAGGAGCUAAGAGCUGCAUUGGCAAAGGGAAUAUCAAAAUACAAGGACCAAUCCUCGCCAAAACCGCAACCAGUUGCUGCUAUCAGGGAGCAUAAACAAGUUAAAAUUGAACCAGUUCUUAAUUCUGUAGAUAUUCCAACUGAUGAGACAGAUGUCUGGGAAAUUGAUACCAAGUUGCUGAAAAUUGAGAACAAAGUUGGUUCUGGUUCAUAUGGUGAUCUGUUCAGAGGCACAUAUUGUAGUCAAGAAGUUGCUGUCAAAAUCCUCAAACUCGAGCGUAUAAAUGCAGAGAUGCUGCGAGAUUUUUCACAGGAAGUUUAUAUAAUGAGGAAAAUACGGCACAAGAAUGUUGUGCAAUUUAUAGGAGCAUGUACACGACAUCCGAACUUGUGCAUUGUGACUGAGUUCAUGUCUAGAGGAAGCCUAUACGAUUUUUUGCACAAGCAAAAAGCUGAAUUUAAGCUCCCUUUUCUACUCAAAGUAGCAAUGGAUAUUUCAAAAGGAAUGAACUAUUUGCACCAGAAUAACAUAAUCCACAGGGAUCUCAAGACAGCUAAUCUUCUAAUGGAUGAAAAUGAAGUGGUUAAGGUUGCUGAUUUCGGGGUUGCCAGAGUACAAGCUCAAUCUGGAGUAAUGACGGCUGAAACUGGAACAUAUCGCUGGAUGGCUCCUGAGGUCAUCGAACACAAACCAUAUGAUCACAAGGCAGACAUUUUCAGCUUUGGAAUAGUAAUGUGGGAGCUUAUAACAGGCGAAAUUCCAUAUUCUUCAUUGACUCCAUUACAAGCCGCAGUAGGAGUGGUGCAAAAGGAUCUCCGACCUACAAUACCGAAAACCACUCAUCCUAGGCUUGUUGAAUUGCUUGAGGGAUGUUGGCAGCAAGAUCCAACUCAAAGGCCUAACUUCUCCGAAAUCACAGAGAUCCUUAGGCAAAUAGCUAAGGAGGUGAAUGGGAAAGACGACCGGCGGAAAGAAAGAUCAAGUGGGGGAAUUUUUUCAUCCCUGAAAUGGAACCAUCACUAAUUGAAGAGACAUUUGGUGUAGAAAUCUGAUCCUGUGCACAUACUGAUCAUGUUGUACAUUUUUUUUUUAACCAAGAACCAACCCUAUUGUUUUUUCUUAGUGAUCUUUUUUCCCCCUCCUUGUGCAUGGAUUUGAGCAGCUCUACAGUACUUUAGAUUCAUUUCCUUUAUAUACACCUAACUCUUCUGUCAUACUUGCCUUCAAUGUUUACAAGAUAUAUGAAUAUGAUAAUGGGUUUGGUCAGGAAA